GCCAAUUCAGUUUGACGAAAAUCGUUGCUUCGAACGAACGGAUUAUCCAGCUAACCAAAAACAGAAGCCAGCACCAUGAACUGUCUGUCCGCGAUGUUCAAGUACUUGCUGUACUUGCUGAACCUGGUGUUCGUGGCCGGUGGCGUCCUGCUCAUCGUGGUGGGCUCCAUCAUGCUCUCCACCAUGGGCAACUUUACAGCCUUCGACGGCGGCGUUAGCACCAAGACCAUCCCGAUCUGCAUCAUCGUCAUCGGAUGUGUCACCUUUGUGGUGGCCUUCUUCGGAUGCUGCGGCACCAUUCGCGAGAACGCCUGCUGCACCACCAUUUACGCCAUCUGCAUGCUGAUACUCUUCGGCCUCCAGCUGGCCCUCUCCAUUUGGAUCUUCGCGGCCAACGACAAGUUCUUGACGAGCAUGGGCAAGGUAGUGGACAAGGCCUGGGAUGAGAACAAUGCCGCCCAGGGUUACCCCAUGGAUGCCCUUCAAUUGGCCUUCACUUGCUGUGGCAACUCGGGAUACCAGCAGUAUGAUACCGUGCCCAGCUCCUGCUGCGGCUACAAGGAUCGCAACAAGGUGUGCGAAGCGGCAAUCUACACCCAGCGACCUGGCUGCCAGACGGAGUUCGUCGACUUCUGGGCCUCCAAUACGGACCUCAUCCGGUGGAGCAGUCUGAUCAUCGCCCUCUUCGAGCUGGGCAUCUUCAUCAUGUCCUGCUGCCUGGCCAGCGCGAUGAGGAAGCGCUAGACGCCAAAGACUGACCCAACUCCUAGCUAUAGCACAGUUUCUAUCAUAAAUCCAGAAUCCAGAACACAAAUUCCUCACUCGCCGUAAAUAAACCAGAAUAGGCUAAGCCCAAUGAAA